CCAAGUCACAAGUGCAAACGCUGGGAUACAUCGCCAACCAGGAAAUCAAAGAAAACUCGCAACAAUGGCCGCUCAAUACGAUAUCCAGACCUUCUUGCUAGAUAAGCAAAACAUCCACGACACAGUGGCUCGCCUUACCUUAAACAUGGACCUACGUUCGACCGACGGCCUCAUCAACGACGUCUACGCCCCAGACGUCAUCAUCGACUACACGUCCAUGUUCGGCGGGAAGCCGACGGAGACGACCAACGAGGCAUGGGCUAAGAGCCUCGAGCCAAUGAUGGCGGCUUUCGAUUCAACGCAGCACGUAGUCACGAACGAGGUCAUCGAGCUCCCGCAGCCGACCAAAGGAGCCGACAGGCCCGACAAGGCUAGCGUCGUUGCUCAGGUCAAUGGUCAUAUGUUCCGCCGCGCGGCGAGGGGGAAGCCGCUUAUGCAUAAUGGGGGCCGAUAUAACAUCGAGCUCGUGCGACUCCCGGAGCUCGAGCAGAAGGGGGAGAACCCGUGGAGAAUCAGCAGGCAGGCUACUGUCAUCGGCUGGGAAGACGGUAGCUCGGAUGUUAUGAGUGCGUUUGCUGGUAUUGGACAUUAGGUAGGUCGAGCAGUCUGAUUACGGGCAGUAAGGGAUGAGAUGAGGCCUUGAUGGGGGUGACGUUACAUGUGAGGUUGGCUUCCCUUGGGUACUACUUUCGAAGAUAUAUUAUACCUAUUGUGUGGUAGCAAACUAGGUACAUACCAAGGGAGGAGAGCCAGUCUUCAGCUGUAUUGCUUUCGAUUCGAUCCGCCAAGCUGGUUUAUGAUAAAUGAGCUUGUCACUAAAACUUAUAGAAGAUGUCUACUUAAUCCACGUAUACUUAUACGUGAAGUCAUUAUAAAUUGAACUGCC